AUUUGUUGAAUAUGGAUUUUAUGGAACGCUCGCAAAUGAUGUGGUGUAUGCAUUAUCCUUUUACAUGGUUUAUGGUGAAUGCAAAUGAAACUUAUUUGACUACUAUGAAUGAACUGGCAGUUAGUAAGAUUGAGUUUAAUAAAGGAGAACAAGAGAAAUAUAUAACUUCGAUGAAAUUAUGA